CGCUCCUACUCUCGUACCCAAAUGGACUCUCACACCCGCUCAUCGCCCUCGCCGCUCUUUGUUCGCCAGAGCCAUUCUCCUCAGCGCCGUGCCACUCCGCCCAAUCCACGCCUCACUCUACCUCUACCCGUACCUCUACCCUCGCUGCCACGUCACUUCCCUCGAGAUGGCUACGACUAUCGCCGUCCGGCAUCAUCUGCUCGUUCAAACACCCCGGCCAACAACGUUAUCGACCUGACGUCCGACGAUGAUUCUACUGCUCCAGGAAAUGCUCCCACACCGCAACCUCAGCCCACUGCUGCACCCGUGCCCUUGCCUCGCUUUGGAAGAGAGAUCAUAGACUUGUCUGCAGACACCAGCCCCCUACAAACCACGCAUCCCCGUCAUGUGAGGACAUCAUCGAGCCCCGAGGUGCAAUUCGUUUCCAGCAGACCUCGAUCACGCAACGACCAGCGUCCUGCUCAACUUCCCCCUUUCUUGGAUCCAAAUCCCGAGUGGCGUCGUGCUGCCCAUGAGUUGGUUCUGGACGAUCCAGAAGACGAUGUCAUUAUCGCAGGUGAACGUACUGGUGUUAACCUACUGGCCCCGUUGGGUGCACAUGGGAGGAACCAAGGCUUUGUCCAAAGAAUAUUCGAGGGCGGAGCUCGUCUUCAAGGUCCCGUCCGAGCCGCAGUCACCAAUAUCAUGCGUGGGNGUAUGAUGCCACACUUGUUUGGGGCUAUGAAUGACAAUGGCGACAUGACCCGUCCUGGCUUACCAGGAUUCAUGAACUUUGAGACUGUUGGCUUCAAUUAUCUGGGGAAUGACAACGAUCCUGUCCAACUACCCGUACCAAAGUUUGAUCCACCACCACCUGCGCCUGAAGGAUUUACCAGAGAUCCAACCGAGGAAGACACGGUAGUUUGUCCGAACUGCGAAGAUGAGUUGGCUGUUGGUGAGAGCGAAGAAAAGCGUCAAGUCUGGGUUGUCAAAGCAUGCGGUCACACCAACAAAGGGACCAAAGGAAAAGGACGGGCAGACGAGCCAGUGCUACCGCCACCGUUCUCGACGUGCCGUGCGGAUGAUUGCGGUCUUCGCGUUUCUCAUAAGAACGAUGUGAUGCAGAUCUUCCUCUGA